AUGGCGCUACAGACGAUCCGAUCCCUUUUCCAAAAACCCAGCAGCCCGUCUGUCUCGUUCCAGAUCCUUUCUGACCUACAUCUGGAAAUCAGUCAAGAAUAUUCCUUUGAAAUCCCCGUUUGCUCCAAAUACCUCAUCCUAGCAGGCGAUAUCGGCCGUCUGGAAGAUUACGACAAAUAUCGUGACUUCUUACAAAUUCAAACAUCCAAAUUCGAGCUCGUCUUCUUGGCCCUCGGAAACCAUGAAUUCUACGAAACAACCUUCAACACAGGCCUAGAAAAAGCAAAACAUCUCGAAAAAGAACCUUGUAUGAAAAACCGCCUUGUAUUACUCCACCAACGACGCUACGACAUCCCGGAUUCCAACAUAACAAUCCUGGGCUGUACACUCUGGUCCCGGAUUCCCCAGAAAUCAGCCGAUAUAGUCCAUUACCGAAUCUCCGAUUUCCAAAAGAUUAAAGAAUGGUCUGUUGAGCAACACAAUAAUGCGCACGACUCCGACUUGACCUGGUUAAAAAGUGAGAUCCGGGCUCGGAAUGAUGAAAAGAGGACUAUCCUGGUCGUUACGCAUCAUGCGCCUUCACUGCAGCGCACUUCGAGUCCGGUGCAUGCUAAGAAUGGGUGGAGGUUUGCGUUUGGAUCGGAUCUGCUAUCGUUGUCUUGGGGUGGGGUUCGGACUUGGGUUUUUGGGCAUACGCAUUAUACGACUGAGUUUAGGAAGGGGGGUAUUACGGUUGUGAGUAAUCAACGGGGUUAUGUGCUUCCUUGGACGACUGAAGCGGUGAAUUUUGAUGUUAAGAGGGUGGUUUGGGUGUGA